AUGGGAUCCAUCCCAUUUUGCGCCCUUCUUUGCUGCUUUACUAGCAUAGUAACAGCCAAUAUAUUUGAGUAUCAGACGGAUUCCCAACCAUUGCGUCCAUGCGAACUUCAGAGGGAAAAGGCUUUUUCAGCAGGGGAAGCCUAUGUUCCUCAGUGCUCAGAGGAUGGCCAGUUCAGGACAGUCCAGUGCAGUAGGAAUGGUCUCUCCUGUUGGUGUGUGGAUGAGAAUGGUAUUGAGGUACCUGGCAGCAAACAGAAUGGAUAUCCCAUAUCUUGCUUGUCCUUUUGCCAGCUGCAAAAGCAGAGGAUCUUGGUGAGCCGAUACAUCAACAGCAGCAGCAUCUCCUACAUCCCUCAGUGCCUGGAUUCAGGGGCUUUUGAUGAGGUGCAGUGUGACAUGGAGCUGGGGCAGUGCUGGUGUGUAGAUCCAGAAGGAAUGGAGAUUUAUGGCACCAGGCAAAGAGGAAAGCCAGCACGGUGUCCAGGGAACUGUGAGAUCCGAGACCGCCGCAUUCUGCACGGGUUUGGGGAGAAGAGCCCACCACAGUGCUCAGCAGAUGGAGAGUUUCUGCCUGUCCAGUGCAAGUUUGUCAACACAACAGACAUGAUGUUUUUUGAUCUCGUUCAUGGUUACAACAGGCUCCCAAGGGCUUUCCAGGCGUUCAGCUCCUUGCGGGAGAAGUUCCCAGAGAUCUCUGGGUACUGUCACUGUGUGGACAGCCUGGGGAGGGAGUUGGCAGACACUGGCUUGGAGCUACUGCUUGAUGAGGUUUACGACACAGUUUUCUCCGUGGCAGAGCCUGCCCGCAGGUUCUCGGAGACCAGCGUCUAUCGGAUCCUCCGGAGGCGGUUCCUGGCAGUGCAGCUGGCCACCUCUGGCAAGUUCAGGUGCCCCUCGAGGUGCGAGGCUGAGCGUUUCACUGCCCUGCGCUACCAGCACCCCUUCGUGCCGUCCUGCGCCGCCGACGGGGGCUACGAGCCACUACAGUGCCAGCAGGGGGGACAGUGCUGGUGUGUGGACACCAAGGGCCAGGAGGUCCCAGGCACAAAGAGGCGAGGACAACCCCCGGCCUGUGGUGAAGAACAAGGGUGCAUCUCUGAGAGGCGGCGGGCCUUGAUGAGGCUCUUUUAUGGCCCUGCUGGGUACUUCAGUCAGUCCAGUUUGUUCUCCACUCCAGAUAAGCAGACGGAAAAAACAGCUGGCUUUUCAAGACCCUGCCCUCCUUCCUUCAAGGAGCUGUUUCUGGACUCUGGAUUGUCAUCCCCAGUUGCACAAAGCCCAUAUUUCAGCCAGACUUCUGGAUUAGAAACUACCCUUAGUGAAGCCAUCUCAGGGAUGUUCCCGUCAAGGGAGCUGGCUCAAGUGGCACUGCAAUUUACCGCCAAUCCAAAGCGUUUCCAAGAAAAUCUCUUUGGAGGGAGGUUCUUGAAGAAUUUGAUCCAGUUUAACUUCACAGGGGCACUUGGCACUAGUGGGAAAUACAGCAUUGGCCAGUUUUUCCAACAGGAGGAUGUGUCAGAGAGGAAUAACAGCCAAAGCCCUCUGGAAUCAGCUGAGGCAUUUUCACUGGAGGUAUCAAAGGGGAGUUCCAUUUUGAGUAAACCUCUUGUAGGCAGCUUUGGCCGCACAGUAACUCUACAGGACAAUCAGAACAUGGUGAAAUUCCUUUCCUCUGUUCUGGAACUACCAGAGUUCUUUACUUUUCUUCAACAAGUGAUUUCUGUCCCCAAAAACGUUGCUGAAGAUUUAGGUGAAGUGGUGAAACUAGCAUUGGGAUCCAGAGACUGUGGUGAGGAGCCAAGGGAUCUGUUUGUUCCAACGUGCACCGAGGAGGGGAGGUAUGAAGAAGUUCAGUGCUAUGCAGGAGAGUGCUGGUGCUUGGACACUUCAGGUAAGGAAAUUCCAGGCUCAAGACUUCAAGGCAAAUGUCCAAGGUGUCCCACUGAUUGUGAGAAGCAAAGGAGAAACCUGCAAAACCUGAAACAAAGUCUGCCUGCGGGAUCAGACCUUUUUAUUCCCUCUUGUACCGAGGAUGGAGACUUUCUACCACUCCAGUGUUAUGGGACAAAUUGCUUCUGUGUUGAUUUGAAUGGCAAGACUGUUCCAGGAAUAAAGGGAAAAGCUGGAAAACCAAUGCAGUGCCCGAGUGCUUGCCAAGUAACAGCUGGUCAGGAGUUUCUAAAGGCUGUGAAGCUGCUGUUGUCAGAGCCGAGCGCUGUGUCUCAGCUGUCCAGCAUUUACCUCCCACAGUGUGAUGCAGAGGGCGCCUGGAGGCAGGUGCAGUGCAGUGGCCCUCCCGAGCAGGCCUUCGAGUGGUACGAAAGGUGGAUUGCAGAGAACAACGAGGGCAAACCCCUGCCCAUUGCUGAUCUGUUGAGCAUCAUAGCUGGAUAUAAAGAGGCAUCAUCUAAAGGCUUUUCAGCUUUUGUUCAAGCUUUGUAUGAGGCUGAGCACCAGAAUGUCUUUCCCGCAUUUGCCAUGUACUCCUCCUUCACGGAUCUCCCACCUGAAGUGCUGGAGGGAAACUUGACCGUGGCAUCUCAGAACAUUUUGCUGGAUCCAUAUAUUUUCUGGCAGCUUCUGAAUGAGCAGCUGACAUAUUACCCAGGACCCUAUACUGAUUUCAGUGCUCCAUUAGGCCACUUUGAACUUCGUGAUUGCUGGUGUGUUGAUAGCAAAGGAGAAGAGCUGCAAGGAACAAAGGCAGGAGUGAAUCAGGUUCCUGCAUGUCCUGGUAUAUGUGAAGGUGUGAGGCAGAAAGCCAUGAAAUUUAUGGAGGAGGCAGAGCAGCUCAUCUUAGCCUCAAAUGAGUCCCGCUUUGCUUUUGGAGAGAGCUUCUUGAUGGCAAAAGGGAUACAACUCACAGACAGGGACCUCCUGCGCUCUGCUCGGCCCUAUGAGCCACAGGCACUGAUCUCCCAAAAGCUGCUCUCAGGCAGUGACUCUGCUCUCCAGCUGGCUGCCUGGUCAGUCCUGCACUUCUAUUGGCAGACUCACUUUUCUUCAAAAGGUUCUGCUGGGGAAGCAGCACAGCUGGGAUUUCUCCCUUACAUCCCACAGUGUGAUGGCCUGGGAAACUGGGAGCCAACUCAGUGCUAUGAGAGCACAGGUCAUUGCUGGUGCGUGGAUGAGAGAGGACGUUAUGUCAUGGAUUCCUUGGUCUCACGCUCAGCAGAACUUCCCAAAUGCCAGACUUCAUGCCAGCGAUCUCAAACCAAUGCAUUAAUUUCCAGCUGGAGACAGAGUGGCUCAAACCUGGAUGUGUCUGCAGCUGAUCUGUUCAUCCCCGCCUGCCUUGAGACAGGAGAAUACUCUAUGCUACAGAGAUCCGACACAGGUAUUUGGUGUGUGGAUCCUGCGUCAGGAGAAGUAUUUCAGCGUGGCAGCAAGGCCUUGGAUGGCAAUCCCGAGUGUCCCAGUUACUGUAAUGUGCUGAAGUCUAAAACUGUUUCACGAGAUGCUGCCAAAGGGUACAUCCCCCAGUGUGAGGGGGAGGACGAGAGUUUCUCGCCUGUGCAGUGCAGCCAGGACCAGGAGAGCUGCUGGUGUGUCUUUGGCAACGGAGAGGAGGUGCCAGGGACACGAGUGAGCGGAGGGAGACCAGCAUGUGCAAGUCCGCUGUGUGCUCUGCCCUUCGGUGCCUCAUCUGUUCCCAACGGAGCUGUAUUUUGUGAAAAUGUUUCUGGACAAGCUCCAGGAGUCCAGCAGUGCCAGCUGUUGUGUCGUCAGGGCUUCCACAGCGCCUCUUCCAGCACCUCCUUCCAGUGUGACGUGCAGCAGCGGCGGUGGGUCCAGGCUGCCCCGCUCCUCCAGGCCUGCCAGAAGCUCCAACUAUUUCAGACAGUCCAAGCUCAAACACACUUCCAGCUACUCCUGCCUCCUGAGAAGACAUGUAGUUCUGACUACUCUGGAUUACUCCAGGCAUUCCAGAUAUUUAUUUUAGAUGAGUUGAAGGCUCGUGGUUUAUGUCACCUCCAGGUAAAUGCAUUUGGGAGUACUGGCUCAGUUUCUGUCUGUGAUGAUUCCACUGUCUAUGUUGAAUGCCUGAGCACGGACCGCCUGGGAGUGAAUGUCACGUGGAGGACUCAGCUGGAAAACAUCCCGACAGCUUCUCUCCCUGACUUACAUGAUAUUGAAAAUGCAAUUGUUGGGGAAAAUCUCAUUGGAGCAUUUAUAAAAGAGAUUAAGGAUGGUGUUUUUCUGCUGCAUUUGGACUCCAAGCAGUUCUUAGCAGAUUCUGUAAUUGAUUUUCCCCGGGAUGAAGAGUUUGAUCUGUCUCCACGUGUGCAGCUGGGAUGCAGAAGCGGGUUUAGAAGGAUUUCAUCUCCAGGGAAAGCAGUCCCAAACUCGCAAGGGUGUGUUGUUUGUCCUCCAGGCAGUCAUUUCCAGGACAAUGAAUGCAUUCCCUGCCCUCUUGGCUACUAUCAGGAGCAGACAGGACGUUCCUCCUGUAUCGAGUGUCCUGUGGGCAAAACUACCAACUCCUAUGGGGCAAUCAGUACUGAUCACUGUAUCACAUACUGUCAGAGCAAUGAGCAGGGGCUGCAGUGUGAUGAAGAUGGUCAGUACAGACCUUCCCAGAAAGACCCUGACACUAAGAAAUACUUCUGUGUCAAUAACUUUGGAGCAGCACUGGACUGGACUGGAACCGAGAAUCUCCUUACAGAUGACCAGUGCAUGGUGCUCAGAAAAUUUGAGAGAGUUCUUGCCUCCCACCUCAUUUAUGGAUCAGAAGAAGCUCAAAUUCUUCAGUCUCAGUCAUUUGGAGGAGACAUGCAAAGUGCAUAUUUUCAGUGCAUUUCAGGCUGCGAGAGGGAAGAUGCAUGUGGCUUUGCAACUGUAACUCCUGCUGGCACUGAAGUUCUCUGUGAAUUAUACAGUGCUGCUGAAGUCAACUUCAACUGCACCACCUCUGGAUUGGUACAAGGUGUUUUGGGGAACCCUUCUGCCACUGGCGUUGGUGGCCUCAGCUGCCUGCUUCGUAUCAGGAAUCCAGAAGGAGAUGCACUGAUGGUCUAUUUGAAGAGAGGACAGGAGUUUAACUCGUCUGGACUCAAGGCCUUUGAGAGGACGGGUUUUCAGAACGUGCUGUCAGGCGUGUACCACUCCGUGGUGCUCCCGGCAGCCGUGGCGUCGCUGACGGACGCUCAGCUCCUGUGCCGGCAGCUCUGCACUGGGGACUCCUGCUGCGACGGCUUCAUCCUGAGCCACACUGCCCUGGGGAGAGGUACCAUUCUGUGCAGUUUGCUGAGCUCCCCAGAUGUGCUGAUCUGCGAUGGAAGUGUCUGGAAUCCAACACCAACCUCUGUCAUAGGUGGAAUAUGUAAUGGUGUGAGCUAUGACGAAAAGGAGAAGAUGUUUUCCUUCACUCUGGGAGGACAAGUGUUCAGUGGAACUUCUGAGUUGGUGAAAGAGGCAGAAAGAAAUUUUACAACCUUUCAGCAAGUUUACCUGUGGAGAGAUUCUGAUAUGGCCACCCAGACUAAAACCUCUGAGUGUGGUGCUUCUGCUGCUUUGGAGACAGAGAAUGAUUUGGCAUUGUCAGAUUCCACAAAGGAUCUUUUCUACCUAAUGGACAACAGCCAGAUACAAAGUGACCAGAACUAUUCUCUCCCUUAUCAGCAGUACUGGAUCUUCAGUCAAAAAUACUCAGCUGAGGAAGCUGUGCUUUGGUGUCUCACACGCUGCGCUCAGGAAGAUGAGUUUUGUCGGAUGGCAGAUCUUCAAAACACCACAGACAAAUACUUUGUGUGUACCCUCUAUCCAGAGGCACAGAUUUGUGACAGCAGCAUUGAUCAAACACCAGGGAACUGUCCAACUGUGCUGCCCCGGCAACCGCAGACCCUGUAUCGUAAAAUAGUCACUCUUCAAAGUUCUGUAAAGAGCUUCUACACACGUGUACCAUUCCAGAAAGUAACAGGAAUCUCAGUGAGGAAUACAACUGACAUGAGCAGAAAAGCUGUUUCAGAUGGGUUUUUUGAGUGUGAGCGUUGGUGUGAUGCUGACCCCUGUUGCACAGGAUUUGGCUUUUUUAAUAACUCCCAGCUGUCAGGUGGAAAGAUCGUGUGCGUGACUCUGAACAGCCUUGGAAUCCAGACAUGUGCUGAGGAAACAAGAAGUGCUUGGCACAUUUCAAACUGUAAUUCUCCAGAUGCUGAAGUCAGAAUACACCCAUUUGGCUGGUAUCAGAAGCCUGCUGACUUGAAGAGCACCAUGCCUGACCUCUGCCCACCUGUUAGUUUACCUCUCAGGCCAGAAAGUGAUCUUUUGGAUGUAUGGGAACCCUUAAAUGUGUCCUCUGUUGUCGUGGAUUCAUCCAUCUCAAACUUUGAAGUUGUGCAAGUUAGUAGAGACAUAUCCAAUGACUUCUCCGCUGCCAGAGACUUUUGCCUGUAUGCUUGUUCAAAGAACCAGUCAUGUACAGUGGUUACACUGGAAAUCCAGCCUUCAGCAAUAAGGUGCGUUUUCUACCCUGACACGCAGAUCUGCACACACGGCCUGCAAGGGCACAGCUGCCGGGUUUUACUCAAAGAACCUGCCACCUACAUCUACAAGAGACAAGAUUUAUUCCUGCCCAUUUCUGAAUCGGAUUUGACCCCAUCUGUGUACAUCCCAUCCCAUGGAGAUCUGGUGGGCAAAUCCCAGGUGAUCCGCAUUGGCUCGGAAUGGAGAAAUAUCAGCCAGUUCCUGGGGGUCCCAUACGCUGCCCCUCCCCUUGCAGAGAGGCGCUUCAGUCCCCCAGAACCUUCUGCUUGGGUGGAAACCUGGAAUGCCACAGUGGCUCGGGCAGCGUGUUGGCAACCAGGAGAUGGAGAGGCCCCGUCACAGUCUGUCAGUGAAGACUGCCUGUAUCUGAACAUCUUUGUUCCUGCCACCUCUGUCAGAAACAUGUCAGUGUUGCUGUUCUUCCACAAUGGAGGGAGUUACAAUGCUGAGGAGGGAAAGACAACCCUGGAUGGAUCCUACCUCGCUGCCAUUGGUAACAUCAUUGUCGUGACAGCAAACUACCGGGUCGGUGUUUUUGGCUUCCUUAGUACUGGUUCUGCUGAGGCGAGUGGGAAUGCUGGCCUUUUGGAUCAGCUGGCAGCUUUGAAGUGGGUGCAGCAGAACAUUGCUGGCUUUGGAGGAGACCCCAGCAGGGUUUCUUUGGGAGCUGACCGUGGUGGGGCAGACAUCACCAGCAUUCACCUGCUCACAGAGACAGCAGAUACUGACCUUUUCAGGAGGGUGCUGUUGAUGGGAGGUUCAGCUUUUUCUCCAGCAUCCAUUAUUACUACAAGAAGAGCACAGACCCAAGCAGCAGUCCUGGCUGAAGAUGUGGGAUGCCCUUCAUCCACCAGUGAGGAAAUUGUAGCCUGCCUCCGCCAGUUGCCUGCUCGUGUCCUCAAUGAUGCACAGACUAAGCUGCUAGCUAUAAGUGGCCCAUUCCAGUACUGGGGGCCAGUGGUGGAUGGAAUUUACCUGCGGGAACCUUUAGCCAAAGCCCUGCGGCGCCCUCAGCUUCGGAAGGUAGAUCUGCUCAUUGGAAGUGCUCAGCAAGAUGGGCUCAUCAGCAGAGCUAAGGCAAUUAAGAAAUUUGAAGAAAGUCAAGGAAGAGCCAACAGCAAAACAGCCUUUUAUCAGGCUCUGCAAAAUUCUCUAGGAGGAGAAGAGUCCAACUCGUUCAUUGAAGAUGCAGCAACGUGGUAUUACUCCCUCGAACACUCAACUGAUGAUUAUUCAUCCUUUUCCAGGGCUUUGGAAAAUGCCACCCGUGACCAGUUUAUCACAUGUCCCAUCAUAAACAUGGCCAGUUACUGGGCUGCUGCCUCGCGAGGAAAUGUCUUCAUGUACCACGUACCUGAGAGCUCCUCACAGAGCAGCUCAGGUCAGGAGCUCUUGCUGGAUGUUCAGUAUGCAUUUGGUCUUCCAUUCUACCCGAAGUAUGAACAGCAAUUUACUCCGGAAGAAAAGGGCCUUUCCUUGCGAAUUAUGCAGUAUAUCUCCAAUUUUGUAAACUCUGGAAAUCCAAACUACCUUCAUAGCUUCUCGAGGAGGAUGUUGGGGGUGAUGCCCCUCUGGCCUAUGUAUCUGUCAAGUGAUGAUGGUGAUAACUACAAGGAGUUCACUGUUUCUUUACCAACUCUUAAAGGAUUGAAAAAAGCAGACUGUUCCUUUUGGUCUGAUUAUAUCAGAAGGCUGAAAGCAUCCACAGGAAGUCCAAGUGAUGGAGACUCAUCUGGUGAAAACAGCCCUAGUGAAGCUCCCAGUGAAGGACUUACCUCCCUGGAGAGCCAGCCCCUGGGAGACAAGGUGUCUUACAGCAGAUAGGAAAUCACAGUGUUAUCAGAUGGGUUUGUCACAUGUUGUACAUCCACACAAACAUCUCACACCAGAUGAUCGAGCUGCUUCCUCUAGUUAACUUUCUGAACAAGUAAAGUAGGCCUCUCAAUGAAGUAGUUUUUCAAGAAAAUUGGUGAAUAUGGCACAAAAUAAGCACUACAGCUAUUG